AUGGGGGUGCCGGAUAUGCAGCUCGAGUUCUUUCCGCAAGGACGGGAGACGUCUCAGAAGGGCUUCUGUGCCCUCUUUCUUUGGUGCCCUGGCCACCUGAAGCUGAAGUACCGACUCGAGGUCGGCAGCCACGCCUCGAUCGAUGAGGUCGCCAACAUGUGCUUGAGCAAGGGCUGCAAUGCAUUUGGGGAAGGCGAGCAGUCAUUGUACCAAGGCAAGUAUGGAAGCCUCAAUGGCCAUGAGACGGGAUGGGAAGAUAUGGGCCGGCCACAGUAUUCAGUGAGCUUGGUCAAGCAAACAUUUGAUCUUGGGCCCGGCCGGGUGCGCUCUGUUUGUGUGCGAUUGAUUGGCUGGCUCUACCAGGGCAGUGCCAGGGCAGCAGAAUGCUCCGAAAUGACAGAGCCACUGGCUUUCCUCUCGCCUGCGCCAGGUCAGGGUACGAACCCGUGCCUUUCACGGGCGACAUCAGGCUUGGACAUUGCAACGGUGCCAACGCUGAUGCAUGGUGCAACAGGUCCAGUCUUCACCGCAAUCGGGGCCCAAAAAGGGCACACGGCAGCCUUGGCCGUGGCAGUGGCAGGUUGCCUUACACUGGGCAGGCAGCUUUCUCGUGGGGUCCGAGUGCAGCGGCGUGCAGAGGAGGCGGAGCCGCACCUGGAGCCCUCUGAGAAGUCUAUUGAGACAAUGAUGAAGUUCUCCAAUCAGUAUGCCAAGGUCACGGGCACGAAGUACUGUGAGGAUAAGAGUGUUCCGGCCGUGGUCAUUGUCGGCCUGGCCUUGCACAAGGAGCUGCAUUCGAGCUUUGAGACCUUGGGCGCUCCACUCUGCCCUUGCCGGCACUAUGAGGACAAGGAGAAAGAGGUAAAGGAUGGGUACUGGAACUGUCCAUGCGUUCCAAUGCGCGAAAGGCACGAGUGUCACUGCAUGCUCUUCCUGAAGGAUGACAAUCCGUUCGCGUCUGAGUGCUCCAAUAUCGAUCUGGAGGAGAUCAUGAAGCUGAAGGAUGGUUAG